GAUCGAAUAAUAUUAUAUUGGAAUAAAUUAUACGCUUUGCGUAAGCUAGUUGGAUUGCCUGUUUGGUUUAUCGAACCAGUAGUCUUUAGUCGUAUUUACCGUACCCAACCGUGUGCUUUGCUGUUUUCGAUCUUUUUCUCGGUCAUAAACAUCGACCAUUUCAAGUCUUGCGUAUUGUCUGAUAGAUAUAUUUUCUCGGACAAACGCAAAACAAAUCUCGCGGGGUAAAGUUUGAGGAAUAUUUUUUUAAGCGGGUGAAUAGCAUGAUGACCAAAAGCGGUGUUCGCUAUGAGUAAACACGAGCCAGGCGUCAGCUUUGUCAAAAUUCAGUUCCAGUGUUCGCGCAGAUUUUACUCCAAUGAAUUUGAACUGUAAUUUGAAACCUAAAAACACGCUGGUGCAAGCGAAAGUCACAAGUACUUAUAUGAACAGACUAUGCGCUUCUACAAAUUUUCUUUGCCUUUGUAGUUUCGCUCGCCAAAUUAAGAUUAAGCUUUUCCAAACUCUCAGCCUUCAUUUCCAAGUAUUCCACCGUGCUAAAAUAUCACAGAAAGUUUGGAGUGUCUUAGGGCUGGGAAUAAACAUAGGCCGCGUUUGGUUUCGCGAGCGUUCCAUAGUGAGAAAAACAUUCGUUGCUAGAUUCUUGCUGGUUUUAAGAGGGCGACUGUUGUCUGACUUGAAUCUCGCUCGUGUCUGUCCAUAAAUUUUCGAACGGGAGGGCUUGAAUAUGCCCCGAUCAGACGCGCUCAGCGGCACACAUGUCUCGCUCUGAUCUUGCUCAGUUCUCGCUUGUUUGUCUCGCUCGUGUCAACCGAAUCAUCGCCAUGACUUGUCAUGUUUGAUUCUCGCUGAUUAGCAUAUAUUUUUUAUGGCUGGUGUUUCGCCGAGAAUUUUCGUACGGGGCGCGCCAUCGAUCGCACACUAAGCAUGCCAUCGAUCGCACACUGAGCGUGCUAUCGAUCGCACAGUAAAGUGUGCUAUCGAUCGUACACUAAGCGUGCUACCGAUCACACAGCUAUAUAAGCGUGCUACCGAUCGCACACUAAGAGAAACAAAAGAUUUAGCGUGUUAAGUCUUGCAAAACAAAACAAGUUUGCUCUUCUUUGUUAAAUCUAUGCAUAAUCCGUGUUGUAGGACACACUAAGCGUGUUGUGUCAGCGUGUUGUGAGUGUGCUAUCACCUUUAGCUUUAAAGUCCCAUGGAGGGUCACAUAUGUAUGCCAAAUUACAAUAACAGCAUAACGAAUAUUUAGUCUCGUGCUGUUUUCAGCAGUACUUGGCGAUGUAACUUUUUUUAAGUCUCGGUAAAACCCCAACAGAAAUCGAUGACGGACUCACCACACACUGUCACGAAUGCAAAAUGGUCAUUUGUGCCAAUAAUCAUUCAAAUAACAUUUCCGGAAAUAUGAGAAAUUUGCUAGGCUUGUUGUUUUGGCUUCUGAGUCACCAGCAUUUAAACCAACCAAUCAACGCAGUCUUGCUAUGAUGUAAUCCAAGCGUACCACGUUACCGUCUAAUUUGCACAUUCAGCCUUUUCAGUUUUUGACACCGAACGAGAAUAACCCAGAGUGAUAAAGUGGAUGUCUUCGCAUCUUCUCGUCAUGAAGUAUUCCGUAUUAUUUUGUAUGGCGCUACUGUUAACAUAUUUGUCGCCAAUUAGGGCGCAAGAUGAAGGCAAAAAAGGUUUAGGCAAAUAUGUUUGGUCCGGGAAAGAUUAUGCCGUGGGCUUUGUAGGAGGUACACUAGCAGUAGCUGCUGUCCCACUCGUCCUUUCCUCUUUAGGCUUCACAACCACAGGUGUUGCGGCAGGUUCAGCUGCUGCUGCUAUCCAGUCUGCGGUAUAUGGCGGGAGUGUUACUUCAGGCAGCAUAUUUGCAGUACUUCAAAGUUUAGGCGCAGGUGGCUUAGGAAUGAAGGCAUCUAGUCUUGUCUACAACUUUGGUUCUGACAUGGCUAUUUACUUCAUGAAAAUGGUUGCUCCAGAUGAAGAGGAAUCAAAAUGUUCCUGAGACCGGAGUAAUCUGGACAGUUGAAUGAACUUAUAUUUGUAAUUGACUGCAUAUAGGUGCAUAAAGGAUCAGCACAUGUAAAUAUGCGCUAUAUAAGUUGGAAAUAGUACUAGUUAAUAAAAUGUAAGCCAUUUUUCUUGAUAAAGGAGAUAUCUGUAAAUUAAUGAAACAAUUUUUUGAGCCAAGUUAUUAACCAGGUUUUUUUUCACUUAAGUGUGAGGUUUACUUGAAAGCUUACUCUUUACUUGAGAAAAAAUAGGUGCGAUUUGUGUAAAGUGGCUAUAGCCUUUUUCUCUCAUUGCAGGAUCAAAAUGAAGGGGGCGAAUAGGGAUACGAAAAUCUGGUGAUCUGCCAUAAUUCGAUAACAAAAUCCGUUAAUCCGUUAAAAAAAUUGUUAAAUCCAAAUCCGUUUCCACUUGUCACGUGGAAAGGUGAAAAACGCGCUUUGAGCUGUUGUGUGUUGAAACAAUUUUUAAAAAAUAGGUCCGCCAUGCGUAAAUGUGUCUAGUGCUGAGUAAUGUGUAUAUGGUUAUACAGGAUUGCGUUAGACUUAGUGAACGCAAUUAGGAUUUAUCUGUCAUAGAGUACAGGUGUGGAGGCUAUACCUUAUCAAAGUCUAUCGCUGGAAAAUGUACUAUAUAUAUCUUAUUAACCAAGUGCGAGGGCCAUACUGGGAGAAUAUCGGCCAGAGGUCUUGACAGUA